AUGAUGGGGCACCCCGUUCGACGGGAGGUGAUGCCCUCCUACCGACUCCCACUCCUGGUCCCAACUACAACAGACCUGGGCUUGGGUUUGCCCUCUCUGAUGGUCCGAGCCGACUCAUCAACCUCGACCUCAACCUCGACCUCAACCUCGACCUCAUCCUGUAGCGGGGGUUCGUGUGAAAAAGCCACCAGUGACUUGGAUACGACGAUUUUGCCUGUGGUAUUUGGUGCCGGUAUUCCGAUUAUUGGUGCUAUAAUUGCGUUUAUCAUCCUUCACCGGAAACAUGUGAAGAAAUUGCGACGUGAGGAUGCGGAGGAUAAGCACAAGUCUCUGGAUUUCGGCCUCGGCGACGUGAAGCCUCAGCGACAGCGUCAAGGCCCCAAUGGAAUGCCCCAAAUGAUGGAGCCUAGCCACGGCAAGGGAAUGUCUCUUGACGUUUAUCCUUAUCUGAUGCCCCCGGGUCUCCACAGCUCUCGAGACUCCUUACAUUCCAUAUCCCGAUCGAUCGACGAUGCCAAGUACCGCCCCGCUACUUUUAUCACAAAUGAUGACGCCUCCGUUAUGUCCUUCCCAAGAUCUCGAGAUGAUGCAUCUAGCAUCACAGGGUCAACCCACCGGUAUGGUGCCUCAGAGGAGCCUAACUCAGGCCUUCUUCGGAACGCACAACGAAUGUCUCGCUCAUCACCACCUUUGCACCACCGCCCUUCGGAUGAGCCGACCUCACCACCGCCUGCCCACCUACACCAUAACUAUCCUGGUCCGGUCCCGGGUCUGGCGUCUUAUCCUGAGGAGAACGAUAGACAUGCACGUGGACUAGCACUUGGCAGUCCUACUGCUGAGUCCAAUAUCCAUGAGCGAACGGCUUCAUCUCCCGCGCCAGAACCGCAGUUUAAUUUGCCAGAGCCGCAGUUCAACUUGAGCUCGGCAUCGGAGCUUCAUUUUGAUAUCCCAAUGCAUGCGCAAAGUAACGAUUCGGGCACGUUCUCCGAGGAUCGUCCUAAUUUCCCGCUGCCAGACUCAGUGUCACCUCCGAGUCACCACGCGGAACCUGCUCAGGUGCCUGUCACACAACUCCCUCGUAUCUCAUUGCCGGCGAGCGACAUCACCAGCAGUGACUAUGGCGAUGACCACCGCAAGUCCGAACUGAUGAUACCGGCGGUGAAUAUCCACAGCGCCGAGGAGGCAGAAAAUCAAGAAAACAAUAAGUUACCAGAGCUUCCGGAGGAACCUCAAACCCUGGAUCCCGUCUAUGAUGCUCGUCGUGAUACCCGCCGGUUGACUCUCGGUGUGCGACCAUUGCCCCCAGAGGACCCGGCCGACAACCCGGAGCAGCGUGCCAACCGGAUUCGCUCCUUUUACAAGGAGUACUUCGACGAUAGCAAGCGAGAGACCACUUAUUAUGAUGACUAUGGCCCCGAAAUCCACGAGGGUAGCUAUAUAUAUGAUCCAACCAACGGAGAUUACUUCGAUGCGGCCCCUCCUGCUCCGUUUGCUGAGCCAGUAGGCCGCCGGGCCAUGACUCCUCCGCCUCGAGCUCCUCCCCGGUUCCAAGGAGCUGCUCGUCAUAUGGCUACCAACUCGGCCGGGGGUGGCUACGGUGGCCCCGGACCUCGUGCCUUUUCCUCUGCUUCUGGCCAAGUUCCUGGUCCCAAAGCGGCCCGCCGUCCAAUGCCUCCUCCCGCACCGCUUCAAGUGCUUCCCACCCCUCAUAUGUUGAAUGACGAUUCCAUUCUGAUGGCAGCCGCUUUUGCUCCUGGCAAGAAUUAUCGAGAUCAACAGUCAGGUCGUGCCGAAACGCCAACCGGUGGCAUGCAACCUUACAGCCCUGGGCUACGGGCUCACACUCCCUUGAUAUCUUCGUUUGAUGAUCUUGCUGUGAUUCCCAGCCCUCAUGCCCUCCGCAAGUCCGGCACUUUCACAUCUCUGGACUUUGCGCCGCCACCCCGGUUCAAGAACGCGGAUGGUGGCAGUGACGCUGGUAGCAUUCGCAGUAACCGAACGGGCAUCUCCAACACCCACAUGAACAACAUUCGGAUGGGUAACUAUCGGGUUAGCCGUCUGCCCACUGAAAUGGUUGGCACCAAGGAUGAUAUGUUCACAAGUCUGCGUCCGGAAUGGGGCAUGAAUAGAUAA